CGUGAGUGCAUGAAUAGUGUUUUGUUCCUUUAGCAGCCAACCUAUGGAACGAAGUCGCCCAUAACCAAAAAUAACAUGGCGUUUAAUUUUUCUGCUUUCUCAUACAUAAUUGCAUUAAUUGUAGAUGCAUUUUUGAUAUUCUUUGCUAUCUUUCACGUUAUAGCAUUUGAUGAACUGAAGACAGAUUAUAAAAACCCAAUUGAUCAGUGCAACAGUUUAAAUCCUUUAGUCAUACCAGAGUACCUGCUGCAUCUGUUCUUCAAUGUAUUGUUCCUAGCAUCAGGGGAAUGGGUUUCAUUAUGUCUAAACAUACCCCUUAUUGCUUAUCACAUCAACAGAUACCGAACUCGCCCUGUAAUGACCGGUCCAGGACUGUAUGAUCCAACAAGUAUAAUGAAUGCUGAUGUUCUCACAAAAUGUCAACGAGAAGGAUGGAUUAAACUAGCUUUCUAUCUGUUGUCAUUCUUCUAUUAUUUAUAUGGGAUGAUCUACUCCCUGAUUUCAACGUAAAUAAUGACCAGCCCACUGCUCAUCAUCUGAGUCCAAGAUUAUCAUUAAGCAUUGCCUCGAACCCACACACACAUAAUAUUUCGUAAAUAUCACUUUUUAGUUUUGAUAUCAUCCAUUUCAUCUCCAACGAAUGACUGUUGUAAAUGCUAUGUUGACUGAAAAUGUCACAGGCUUUCAAAAUAAUUGCCACAUAAAGAUUUUAUUGUAUGUAAUUAUAAAUAAGUGUAUGGAGACUACUUAUAAAACAUUGCCAGAUGAACAAUGAAUGUAACGCAGGGAUCCGAAGUGCCCGUCAUUUCAUGCUACCUUUGAUGCCCUUCUUAGCAUUCCAGCAUGCUGUUAUUUUCCACUUCUUAUUUUGUGAUCUCAGUUCAACUUCUGAAUUCCAGCAUCUCUUCUUCAUAUUAUUUUGCUUCACUAGAACAUUUCAGUUUCUUCCAUGUGUCAGUCACCACACAUUCAUCAAUCUGUCCUACAUUUUAUGUAUUAUUCCCUUUUACAUUAAUAUUUCACUGUAAAUCCAUCAUUUUGCCUGUACGUGUAUUGUGCAGACGUAGAACUAAAAUUCUAAUUUUCAAGAAACAUGCUUCUUUAAGAAUAAAUCUAUUCAGUUCAUUAUGUAUCCGUCAAAGUUUGAAAUAUUCUCUGCUUAAUCACGUGGCCUCAGUGCACAUGUAAUGAAACACGUGUAUACUGAGUCACUUCAUUAAUUCAGCUGAAUGUUGCAGUAUAGUGGAUAUCACUUCUGCUUUGUAUUCAUUCAGUCUCCUCAAACCUAUUACUGACUUGGAUGUUUCAUAACUUUUCUGAAGUCAUUCAAGGCAUCUACAAAGUGGAAGGUUUGCAUUACAUGUACACAAAUUAAAUUAAGGUCUUGAACAAUUUUUUUGAAUGACUUUUCUUUGCAUAGACUGAAAAUCAUGUGUGAAACUCCUAA